CUAAGGGGUCUCAAUGCGCGAGCUUGGUCUGGCGAAACUGAGCUCUUCACCGUUCAGAACUCGCUCGAUUCGUCCAUGAAAAAGAACACCGCUUUCAUCAAACGCUUGCGAACCGCUAUAACGGCGUCCUCGAAGGAUACAUUCCUACAAGAGAUACGCAGUCUAUCUCUUCACAAAUACCUCUCAGAGAUCAUAUCUGCGACCUUUGAGGGUCUAUGCAAGCUUAAAACCCCAGCGGAGAUAUCUACGGGCGUCGAAAUAGUCAGUGCUCUGCAUCAACGCUUCGGCCCAGCGGAGUUUACUGAAAAGAUCGGUUGGCUAAUUGGAAGAGGCUUAAGCACACCGGACAAGUCAAUACUGAAAUCACUGGCUCAAGAUGUUAGAGAGCGAGAAGAAAGGGAGCGGAUCGCCAGGCAGAGGGUUCUACUGCGUGUUGCUACAGAACUGUGGCUUGUAGGGGUUUUGAGGAGUCUUGAAGAUACCGCUCGCCCCGAUGAAGUUGGUACUAAAAGCAAAGACGGCGCCAAACCAGUGGACAUUACCUCGAAGACCAAAGUGGCAGGCUCGAAUGCGCGUGGUGACGCCGAUGCAGAGCCUUUCCCUCUCGAGGCACUCAAGGAGAUGCUAGGUCAUGAUCGUGAGCAUGUCAAUCUUCCAUUAGUGGUAAUCUUCGUUAAGGCUUUCGCUUGGGAUGUUCUUGGGGUGCAACUUGCGUCGUCUGAAGGUCGAAAAUCAGUCGCUGAGGAUGGUACCACAUCGUCCUCCGCUAAAGGGGAAGAGCCCAUGUUCAAUGAGAACAUGGAUCCAGUAGCAGAUGACUCUCCUAUGACCUCACCAGAACUACGCCAACGUUUCAAAAACAUCUUGUCUCGAUAUCUGGACGAUGUAAAGUCGCAUAUACUUAGAAAUCAGAAGACUUUAAUGGCCCAAGGUCGUCGCAACGCGGAGGCUUACGUCAAGUCCGGCGAAGUGUUUGAAGAUAGACAAGCAACUCAUGAGAAGCAGAUCAAAACACAGGAGAAAUUGGUUGCGAAUGCACAGGUCAUGGCCGAUGCCCUAGGUGUAGAGAUGCCCGAUCUGCAAGAGAAAGACAGUGCGACUGCGAUUGGCGAUAAUGCAAUCGGACUCGUCAAGACCGGAGAGUACCUACGAGGCCAGAGUGAUGGCCCUGGAAUUUGGGAGGAUGAAGAAGAGCGUCGAUUUUACGAGAAUUUGAUCGACCUGAAGGAUCGCGUACCCGGAAUUCUCCUUGAAGAUGGCAAGAAGAAGAAGUCUGAUGAGGAGCAAGUUGGAAGAAAGGCUGAUGGGAUCUCAGUUCCCGGUGAAUCUAAGCCAGACGCAGAGCCAAGUUCUGAGAAAGCCGCAGAUAUCGACGAUCAGUCCACGACAAUCGUUAAUAAAUCAAUGGGCGCCCAAGUCGACUCAAUUCUUGCGCGCUUACCUGAAUUUACCACGAAGGACAUGGUCGAUCAGACAGCUACAGACUUCUGUUUCCUGAAUUCGAAAGCCUCACGCAACAGGCUCAUAAAAGCUGUUCAAGAUCUUCCAAGAGGUCGCACUGACCUAAUGCCACUCUACGCCCGACUUGUUGCGACGCUGGGAAAAUACCUUCCGGACAUCCCGUCAAGUUUGAUAACGUACCUAGAUGAUGAGUUUCGCAGCCUACAGCGGAGGAAAUCGAAAGACUCGCUUGGCCAAGUCCGCAUUCAAAACGUCCGUUACCUCGCAGAGCUCACAAAAUUUGGCGUAGUUCCGGAACAUGUCAUAUUUCAUUGUCUCAAAGUCAGUCUAGAUGAAUUCUCUCGCAUGAACAUUGACAUCAUUAGCCAUCUACUCGAGAACUGUGGCCGAUAUCUUUUCCGAAACCCAGAAACCUCCCCGCGCAUGGUAUCAUUCCUGGAUACUUUACAAAGGAAAAAAGCUGCGCAACAUAUUGGGCAUCAGGAACGUAUGAACCUUGACAAUGCGAUAUAUCACGUCAAUCCACCCGAACGAGCUGCAAUUGAGCAAAAGGAGAGAACACCGCUGGACUUGUUUCUCCGUAAACUCAUGUACACGGAUCUUUCAAGGAGAAGUCUUGAUAAGAUAGUAAGACAGAUCCGGAAACUUCAUUGGGAGGAACCGGAUGUCGUCCGCAGCCUCGAAAAAAUAUUCACCAAACCGCAUCGAAUCAAAUACGGCAACAUACACCUAUUGGCCGUUAUUCUCGGGUCAUUGAAUCGAUACCAUGCGAACUUCGUUAUCACUGUUAUUGAUGAUUUACUUGAGCAGAUCGUCCUGGGGCUUGAAGUCAACGAUUUUAGGUUCAACCAGCGUCGGUUGGCUGAAGUCAAGUAUCUGGGCGAACUUUAUAUCUACAGAAUGGUCGACUCUCCAACUAUUUUUGACACUUUGUACAAGAUCGUAGCCUAUGGAUACGAAAAUGGCACACCGAAACCAGGUCAAGUCAAUGCCCUCGAUUUGCCUGACAACUUCUUUCGUGUGCGGCUUGUCUGCAGCCUGCUCGAGACUUGUGGUGUGUAUUACGACAAGGGCCAGGCUAGGAAGAAGUUGGAUUUCUACCUCACCUACUUUCAGUAUUACAUCCAAACAAAGGAGAUACUGCCGAUGGACAUUGAGUUCUUGGUGCAAGACGCAUUUGCUCUAUUGAGACCCCAGUGGAAAAUUACAGCCACGUUGGAAGAAGCUUAUAAUACAUUCUCUGAAGCGGUCAAGCAAAAUUUCCAGAGUGCUGGCUUGGAUCGACACGCUGAUGUCGAUGAGGUCGAGCCAGAUUCAUCAUCAUCGGACGAAGAAGACGAGGACCUUACCCUCCCGGACGGUGACGAGGAGAAGUCUUCGGGAGAAGAUGGAGAGGAGACUCAGCACAAUGAGGAUUCAUCAGAAGAAGAGGAAGAGGACGAGCAAAUUGUGGUCACCCGCCAGGAAAAUGAGCGUGAUCCUGAAGCCGACGCUGAUUUCGAUCGUGAACUAGCGAAGCUCAUGUCCGAGAGCAUGGACUCACGCAAGUUCGACCGCAAGCCUGUUUUCGAUGUUCCGCUCCCCAUGCGUCGCGGGCGCGAGGCUGCAGCUGCCACAUCAGAGGAAGAACCUAUUCAGGCUCCUGAAGUUCCAUCAGGGCCUGGAACUAUGAAGUUCUCCCUUCUCAGUCGUCGAGGAAAUCGGCAACAGACACGAUCGAUCGACCUCCCAUCGGACUCUGGUUUUGCUGUUGCCAUGCGAACGCACCAGCAAGUCGAAAAGGAGGAACAACAGCGUAUUAAAAACCUCGUUCUGAAUUACGAUCUACGUGAUGAGAACGAAAAUGACGGUGAAUCACAUUUUCAUUAUCACCUUCGACCUAAUCCGAACCACACGGAAAGAACAAAAGCUGAGAAGUUACCAGUUAUCGAAAAGCAACACAACCCGUACGCACAGCCGCGAAUCGACAAGGCGGGAACUGGACGUAGCACACAGCGAGCCCGCAAAUUACAGCUCAGUGAUGUUGACUGGUAUGACAAAUCUCGAUCAUCUCCUGCCUCGAAGUCGAUAAGCGACGUAUCAGUGCUUUCAGAUUUGUCUGCUUUCCCUGUUAUUCAACAAUCGCAAAAGACCAGCAAAUGUGCUGAUUCAUCGUCUUCCAAUGAAUCACUCGCUACCCGACCCAAAUUUCCUACUCAGUCCUCGUCUAUCUCUCUUACCACAUUUCCUUUAAACGUUUCAAAUCAACAAGGCCCAUCACGUAAUAGUCGAGGCAGAAAGUAUAGCCAGCUGACUUAA